AUGAAUAUCAAUAUCAAGAAAGAUUCUGGAGGGAAUGGGUCCGAUUUACCUCGAUGGAACGAUUCUCCGGUGGGAAGUUUAGGGUCGUUUAAUGGGAGAAGAAGAUCGAUGUCCUUCUCUGAAUCAGUAAACUUCGCAAGAAAUACUCAGAACCCAUUGGAUAUGUCAGCUCAGGAAAUGAGAGGAUUGAAUGGGUUCAGAAGAUCUUUCAUCGCUCAUAAGUCGUUGAAACUUCAUGGGAAGACACCGAACUUUAUCACUAGGAAUUUCAACGAGUUCUUGACGUUAUACGGCCAUUUCGCUGGUGAAGAUUUGUCCGAGGAUGAGGAAACAGAAACUGAGGUGGAGACUGAUGAAGAUGAGGACGAAGAAGCUGCGCUUCUUCGUCAUGGUAUUAGGGGCCUGCGCCACCAGGGAGCGGAUCGGUAUGGCGAAGAGACUUCAUCGAUGGCCAUCGAUGAUGACGAAGGUAGUUCGGAAAAUAACGAUAUCCAGCAACAACAGCAGCUGAAGCAGCAGCAGCAGCACUUGCAUAAGAAGAAAAGAAAUACGUCCACCACGAAGGCGGUACUUCUCCUUCUAAAGUCGUUCGUAGGUACCGGGGUUCUUUUUCUACCUAGAGCUUUCCAUAACGGUGGGUGGUUGUUCAGUACGCUGUGUCUUUUGUUCUGCGCCACGGUGUCUUUCUACUGCUUCAUCCUGUUGAUAGACACGAAGACUGCUGUUGGAGUGGAUGGAUACGGUGAAUUGGGUUCACGUUUAUUCGGACCCAAAUUGAAGUUCACUGUCCUUUCAUCGAUUGUACUCUCGCAAAUCGGAUUUGCUGCUGCUUAUACUGUGUUCACUGCAACAAACUUGCAGGCAUUCUUCAAACAUGUCUUUUCUCUCGAAUACUCGUUAAUCUUCUGGAUUAUGAUCCAACUAGCAUUCUAUUUGCCGCUAUCAUUGACUAGAAACAUUGCAAGACUCAGUGCCACCGCUUUGGUAGCAGAUCUUUUCAUUCUCUUGGGUCUAGUAUACGUCUAUUAUUAUUCCAGUUUCUAUAUUUGGAACCAUGGCAUCGCUUCGGAUUCCAUGGUGUCUUUCAACAAAUCGGACUGGACGUUAUUUAUUGGAACUGCGAUAUUCACAUAUGAGGGUAUCGGUCUCUUGAUCCCAAUCCAUGAAUCUAUGGAAAAACCUGCACAUUUCAAACCGGCAUUGAUGUACGUCAUCCUCGUUGUAACAAUAAUAUUUAUCUCCUGUGGGCUCAUCUGUUACUCUGCAUUCGGAGCCAAAGUAGAAACUGUCAUCUUGUUGAAUUUCCCCUCGAACAGUAUCUUCACAAACGCAGUACAACUAAUUUACGCUCUGGCAAUUCUCCUAUCGACACCAUUGCAAUUAUUCCCUGCUAUAAAGAUCCUCGAAAACAAGAUUUUCCAUAAGAAUGCGUCCGGGAAAUUUGACGCUAAGGUGAAAUGGCGUAAAAAUUAUUUCAGAGCGUUCGUGGUCCUCAUCGCAGUGAUUAUCGCAUGGAUCGGUGCUAACGAUUUGGAUAAAUUCGUGUCUCUAAUAGGAUCUUUCGCUUGCAUACCGUUGAUUUACAUUUAUCCUCCUUUAUUCCACUACAAAGUGUUCGAAAAUAAUAAAAAAUUACAAGCAAUAGACCUGGCGAUCUUAAUAUUUGGAGCCCUAGUGAUGUCAUACACAUCCUGGCAAACGAUAGCAUUAUGGAUUCAUUAG